CUUUAUUAGUUAUUACUUAUUAGUCGUUUACUUCUAUAUUUAUCCAUAUAAAUACUCCCCUGCUCCUCUUCCUCUCUUCGCCCCUACUCCUUUUCCUCUCUCCUUCUCCCUGUAUCCUCGGUCUCGUUGUAUCACAGCAGUUGUGAGAGCAUGUCAGGGCUCUGGUAUCUCUCAGAAGAUCUUGGUCAACUCUGUUUUAUUAUUCCUUCUACUAAUUAUAAACCCAGCAAAAUCCAUUAAUUCCUCUCCUCCGCCGGAGCAACUUAAUAUUCUAUUCCGAGAGCCGGAGACCGAGACCGGGAGCGAGAGAGGAAUAAGUCUCGCUUUAGCUCUCGGCAUCGCCUCCGCCGCUUUCAUCCUCUCCGCUGCACUAAUGCCAGUCGCCGACCUUAAAUUCCUCGGCCGGUGCGCCCUACCCUGCUGUCGCCCCCGCCCCCGCCCCGCAUACCCGGAGCGCGGCCUCAAAGCCUCCCAUAUCGCCGACGAGCUCCCCAAGAUCGCCUACGUCCGCCAAUACGGGUGGCUGGAGGUGGAGUCGCUCACCAGGAACUUCACCGCGGCGGUGAUAGGGGAGGGGGGCUUCAGCACCGUCUACCUCACCCGCCUCCGCGGCGCCACCGCUCCCUCCUCCUCCCUGGCCGCCGUCAAGGUCCACCGCAGCGGCGAGCGCCUCCACCGCGCCUUCCUCCAGGAGCUCGACGUCCUCCUCCGCCUCCGCCACCCCCGCAUCGUCCGCCUCCUCGGCUUCUGCGACGACCGAGAGGAAGGGGUUCUGGUGCUGGAGUACGUGCCGAAUGGGAGUCUCCACGAGAAGCUCCACAGCGGCGCCGGCGACGCCGCCGCCCUGGGGUGGGCACGGCGGAUGCGGAUCGCCUACGAGGUCGCCGGCGCGGUCGAGUACCUCCACGACGGGUGCGGCGAGCUACCGAUCGUCCACGGCGACAUCACGACGGCAAACGUCCUCCUCGACGGCGGCCUCGACCCGAAGCUCUGCGACUUCGGGUCGGCCCGGGCCGGGUUCUCGUCGGCGGUCCGGUCGGCCGGGCCGAUAAUCGGGUCGCCGGGCUACGCCGACCCGCACUACCUCCGGACCGGGAUGGUCUCCAAAUCCACCGACGUAUAUAGCUUCGGAGUUCUCCUACUGGAGCUCAUCACGGGGCUCCCUGCCGUCGGGUCGGAGGAGGGGAGGGUUUUAACGGCGGAUAUGAGGCCGCGGCUGAGAGAGGAGGGGAGAGGGGUGGCGGAGGCGGUGGACCCUAGGCUAGGAGGGGAGUACGACACCAGGGAGGCUGCGGCGAUGGCGGCGGUUGCCGCCCGCUGCGUCGGGGAGCAGCCGAGCCUCCGGCCGUCGAUGGCGGAGAUACGGUUGAUCAUGAGGGAGGAGGUGCCCUCGUCGUCAUCAGCCGUUGUUGCAGGAUCAAACGGUAAAGCGGCGGCUUUAAGAUCCUCUCUCACCGUAUUCUGAUCUUUCGUUUUUCGUUACGAAAGAGUUGACGGGGUGCAGUGGGGAAAUUAUGGGGGCGAUUUGUUUGUGUUCUUGGAAGGGUUGGUGGUGUAAAUUGCAACGUUGGGAGCAGCUUCACAGUGUUAUGUAGCCUACGUGGGUGGCUUUUAUUUGUUUGGUGCUGAAUGGGGGACCAUGAAUUCAGAUGAAUGUCUGUCGCUCGUUUCUUUCCAAUUGCAUGUCUAAUAUUUUUUGAGUCCUGUAAGUCAAUAUUGUUGGAGGAUUUUCUAGUCCUCACUGAACAAGCUUGAUGAAUUGAUUUCUUGCUGUGUUUAUCAUUUUUUUGAGG